UUAGUGCCGCGACGUGUUUCAGUGCGCCCAGCCACGAGCCAAACGCGAAACCAACUCGACAACAAAUUUUGAAAUAGUCAAAAAAUAAAAUAUAUUUUUGAAAAGAGAGCGAGAAAGAGUUCUCUGCAAUUCGAUUCGAAUUAUAUAAUAAGCAAAGCAGUGAAACCGCAUCAGCAGUAGCAGCAGGAGCAGGAGCAAAUCCAGCAGCCGGAGUCAUGCAGGUCUUCGACAAUAAUAUGCGCCGCGCCUCGCGUCGUGCUUCAUUGCGACGUGGCUCGAUAUCGGCCUUGCCACAAAAAUCAGCGGAAAUUCCAUGGGACAUCUUCGAGAGACUGUUUAUGCCAUUUCUGUUCUGCCAGGCAGCGGCCAUUGUCAGCUCGCAUCUACUGCACGCGCUGAAUAUAUCCAACAUCUCCACAUUUGCGGUCUUCGUUUGGUUUGCCCUGUCCACUGUGGGAGCUGUGCUCUUCUAUCACUUUGUGAAGGUAUCCGCACCAGGCAAGGGAGUGCUUAUCACCGGUUGUGACUCGCCAUUGGCCUGGUAUCUGGCCAAGAAAUUGGAUGAUUUGGGCUUUACCGUUUAUGCUGGCUUCAACACACCCAUCGAUGACUCGGACGAGGCCAAGAUACUCAAGGAGGAGACCUCUGGACGCAUGAAGUUGUUGCACGUUGACGUUACCUCCGAAACAAGCCUUUUAGAAGCUGCACGCUAUGUUUCGCAACAUUUGCCCCAUGGAGCCGAAGGCCUGUGGGCUUUGGUGCACUGCGCUCACUGGAUUGCCCUUGGUGAACUGGAGUGGAUACCGUUUGCUGUGUUGCGCAAAAGCUUGGAUCUGAAUCUACUCGGCGCCGCACGUUUGACUCAAAUCUUCCUGCCACUUGUGCGUCGUGCCCACGGUCGUGUGGUGUUCCUCACCUCUGGACUGAAUCGUGUGCCUUCGCCGGUCCGUGGCAUCCAGUGUGCCACUCAAGCGGCUGUAGAUUGCUUUGCUGCCUGCUUGCGCCAGGAGAUGCGCACACGCGGCGUCGAUGUGUCUGUGGUGGCAGCCGGCGAGUUUGCUCCUGGCAACGGUUGGCUCAACGAAACUGAGCUUCGCGACCAGGCCAAGCAAAUGUGGAAUCAACUAUCCUCGGAGCAAAAGAAAACCUACGGCGAGGACUACUACGAGGCGGCCAUGACAUCUGUGGAGAAAUAUUCACGCCAGGCCGCUGAUAUCCAGCCAACGUUGCGUGUGCUCAUCGAUGCCGUUACCAGGACAUUCCCCAUGGCCCGCUACACCCCCGUCACAGCUACCGAGAAACUGCAGAUUUUCCUCGCUGAACAUUUGGCGCCCUCUCUCUACGAAUCGCUCUAUGGCGAGCAAAAGAAAUUUGUCUAUUGAGUAAUUUCGUUUGCAGCAUCCGUUUCGCACUUCUCUGCUAUCUGUGCUCUUUGCCCUUUAUCCCCCUGCCCUGCCAACGCAGAUGACAUUGCCCACAAUUGCUUUAUUUCCGCUGAAAUGUUAUUAUUUAUCUAUUUCGCUUCGUUGUUUUCCAAAAGCGCAUUUAAAAUGAAGCAAAACGUUGUCCGUCAUUGAGCAUUUAGCGUUUGCCUUUUAUCUAUGUAUCAUACAAGUAUAUGUAUUCUAUUUCCUCUUCACUUUGUUUUUCUUUCUGCUCUCUUUCUGCGGAAAAUAUUGUGCGUCAUUAUAAUUUUCCUGUUUUUCUUCAGCAUAUUUUUUUUCUUAGGUUCUAGCGCGAAUUGUAAUACAUAUUCAUAAAAACGAUAAAUAAAACAAAUGAUAACUUGAAAACGGAA